AGUACAAAGUCGUGGACUCUAACAAAUAGACCCUACUCUUGGGAUAAUUCGUAAUAUGCGAUAAACAGUCAUGUUGAUUCAUGUGGCAACAUUGCUUUAUUUACUUUGCAGUACUCAGUUGUUUCACAUGUCUUUCUUGUGAUAUGCGUACGGCUAAACUAUGCCGUUCAUUGUGCUGCAAAGUAACAUAUCCUCAUCAAUAAACAGAGAAUGAACAAUAGUUUCACUGCAUAAGUACUGAAAAAAUGUUUUCUAUCUAUGGCCUACAAUGAAAUAACAGAAAUUUGAAGGAAUUUCCUGACAUCUGACAGUGUACAGAAGAUGGAAAGAAUCAAUUUUGUGUGGUGGCAACAUGUGAUAUCAGCUGAUUGUAAAUAAGUGUGCGCGCUGCGCGGUCAAUGACAGGACUAUUCU